CAACCAUUACAAUGGGGGAAACAAUAGGGUUUUGGGAUGAAUGGCGAAAAUAAGGUGUUUGGUUAACACAGGUUGAGGAGCUCUUACACGUUUUGUUCUAAUAGAUAUCAGUUAACGUGACCAUUAUGAAGCCUUUGUGCUUUUUCUGAUUACAUAAAUGCUUCAAAAUUCACAAACAAAUAAGCCUGUUUUUACCACAGACCUUAUUUUCUGCGUUUAUCCUAAAACCCUACAAAAACUAAAUUUUCCUAUAGGCUUUGUCCAAAGAACCAUGGCAGAGUUAGUGCCUACAAAAAAGACGCCAUUACUAUUGCUCUGUCGCAAAGUGUAAAUGUUUUGUUUUUCCACACGUGCGCUAGAAGUCUAUUGGUCAUUUGGGCUGCCUGUCAUUCUACAAUCGGAUCCAACCAUUGGCUAGCUAGACUUCCUGGGAUUUUGGCGGUGGAGUAAACAUGGCGGAAGAUUUAAAAGGGUGCCAAGUUGUAUGUAAAGUGACAACGUACCAGUUGCAGACACUCUGUCGUCAUGAAGGGAUUGUGUGCUUGGAUCUGGGGGUCAACAGGAAACAAAUGCACAACUUCGAAGUGGAGUACCUGUUUGACUACAAGAGGACACUUGUUCCUGGUAGGAAGACAGCCAAUGCCACAGGAGUACCAAAGGAGCGAGAGUUCUACUUGGUUAAAUGGAAGGGUUACCCAGAUCACAUGAACACCUGGGAGCCGAGGAAAAACCUGCGGUGUGUGGAGCUCCUACGUCAGUUCUGGGACGAUGUCUUCCUGGAGCUGCAGAGACAGAAAAAGACUGUAGUCCCCAACCGGUUUGAAACAGAGCUGUCCUCUUACCUGGAGCAGAGGGCCAGGCAUAGGCAGAGCCUGCAGAGGUGGGAGGCCCAGAUCAACAGUGUCGGAGGCCUCACCAAACGCAUCCUGGUCCGCAACCGUGUGGACUUGGAGGGCCCUCCGAAUAACUUCACCUACAUCAACAACUACAAGGUGGGUGAGGGCAUUUCGAUGACGACAAUGGCAGUGGGGUGCGAGUGCACCAACUGUUUGGAGAACCCUGUGGGUGGUUGCUGCCCAGGAGUAUUGGGACAUGGCUUUGCCUACAACGAGUGUGGGCAGGUGAAGGUUAAGCCUGGGGAGCCCAUCUAUGAGUGCAACAAUAUGUGUCGCUGUGGACCAGACUGCCCCAACAGAGUGGUACAGAGAGGAAUCCAGCAUACCCUCUGCAUCUUCAAAACAGACAACGGGCGGGGGUGGGGAGUACGGACCUCUGAGCGUGUCAGAAGGCAUUCAUUCGUCAUGGAGUAUGUUGGAGAGAUCAUCACUACAGAGGAGGCAGAGAGGCGGGGUCAGGUCUAUGACAGACAGGGAGCAACGUACCUGUUUGACCUGGACUAUGUGGAGGAUGAGUACACCAUUGAUGCUGCUCACUAUGGAAAUGUAUCCCACUUUGUCAACCACAGUUGCAACCCUAACCUGCAGGUGUAUAACGUAUUCAUAGACAACCUGGAUGAGCGACUGCCACGCCUGGCUUUCUUCUCAAACCGUGGUAUCAGCGCUGGGGAGGAGCUCACCUUCGACUACAAUAUGCAGAUUGAUCCAAUAGAUGUGGAGAGUACAAAGAUGGACUCCAAUUUCAGCAUGACUAGAUCACCAAAAAAGGCUUCUCUCGUGACUGGAUCACCCAAGAAGGUUCACAUGACUGGAUCACCCAAAAAGGAUCCUCUCAUGAUUGGGUCACCCAAAAAGGAUCCUCUCAUGAUUGGGUCACCCAAAAAGGAUCCUCUCAUGAUUGGGUCACCCAAAAAGGAUCCUCUCAUGAUUGGAUCACCCAAAAAGGAUCCUCUCAUGAUUGGAUCACCCAAAAAGGAUCCUCUCAUGAUUGGAUCACCCAAAAAGCGAGUGCGCAUGGAGUGCAAGUGUGGGACAGACAAUUGCAGGGGGUACUUGUUUUAGGGGUACUUGUUUUAGGGUUGCAGCAAGGACAAAUUCAUACAUUUUACUUUUCCAGGAUUGUCAUCAUGACAAUUCAACUUUAUUUCUGUCAUUUUAAAUGUAUACUAUGGUGUCUGUGAAUAUUUUGCCCUAUAUGAUCAUAAACUAUUCAUUAGUGUUUGGGGCAUCAUGUUUUUUUAUUUGUUUCUUACAUGUUUUUUUGUUUUUUUUUGUUAGUUAUUUGGUUUUAGUAUACGACACUCAAAUCCAAUUUUUUUGCUAUCCGAUCUCAUUGAAUGUACACUACCGUUCAAAAGUUUGAGGUCACUUAGAAAUGUUCUUGUUUUUUAAAUAAAAUCACUUUUUUGUCCAUUAAAUAACAUCAAAUUGAUCAGAAAUACAGUGUAGAUGCUGUAAAUGACUAUUGUAGCUGGAAACGGCAGAUAAAAAAUUAUAAUAAUAAUGAAAAUCUACAGAGGCCCAUUAUCAGCAACCAUCACUCCUGUGUUCCAAUGACACGUUGUGUUCGCUAAUCCAAGUUUAUCAUUUUAAAAGGCUAAUUGAUCAUUAGAAAACCCUUUUGCAAUUAUGUUAGCACAGCUGAAAACGGUUGGGCUGAAUAAAGAAGCCAUAACUGGCCUUCUUUAGACUAGUUUUAUUGGACAAAAUGUGCAAUUCUUUCAAAAACAAGGACGUUUCUAAGUGACUCCAAACUUUUGAACGGUAGUGUGUAUAUAGCAAUGCAUACAUGCUGAAUAACUACUCUUCCUUUUCAUGUAAUCAUGUGUUGUACAACACUGGCAUAUGUGAAAGUUAAAAAGGUGUGUUCUACGGCUUCUUAGGAACAGGAGCCAUUGAUAGAGUUUGGAAAGUGCUUUGUUGUGCCUGGGUUGCAAUAGGGGGGCAAGGCAUCAAUUACACGCUGUAGGCCCGUCACUCACUGUAUGAGGCCUCAGUCAUUGGUGGAUGGAGCUACUGCCCCUCAUUGAGGUUGCAAUAUGUUACAACGGCCUUAUUCCAAUUCUCUACCCUUCUCCGGAAGUGUACACUAGUACGCUCCCCCUCAUGGUGUCAGUAAUAUGGAGAAAACUCCCUCCAGCCAUGCUUAGAUCAAUCCAAUGUUUUUAAAUGCAAGAGGGGGAGUGAAUGAGUGCACAAUUCUGGAUAAGUGUAGAGAAUCAGAAUACAGCCAUAGACUGAUGGAAUUGUCAGAACUCUUCCCAGUGUGAGUUCCAGUCAUGUAAUUUGACCAGACAUUCCAUGAACGAUGUCAUUCAGUUGCAUUCAGUUGCCAAAGCUACACUGUAUAUUGAGCAUGCUACUCAUCUUGGUCCAGAUCUUUCUGUAAAUAAAAUUCCUUUUUAUUUUUAAGAGUAAAA